AUGUGGAAGCUGGUGACGUUGCUGGCGGUGCUGUUCGCGUUCGAGGCCAGUUUUGCAAAAGAAUCCGUUCCAUCGCUGAUCGACAUGGACACACUUGGUACGGAUGGAACCUCCAGCCGGCAGAGUAAGGCCGUUUCGACGCACUGCCCACGAUCCUGUCCCGUUCAAAGCUCACCCCAAGAGCCGGUAUGUGGCAGCGAUGGGUUGAUCUACGCGAACCUUUGCGAGAUGAAGAAGAAAACGUGUACAAAAGCGGCUCCGAACGCGGUCACCGAGGAUAAGGCUGGAUGCGAGCGUUCGCAAGGAUCACCCUGCAAUCAUCGCUGCCCAACCGAAAAGGAUCUCGUGUGUGGAACGGAUGGUCGAACCUACCUGAAUCGGUGCAUGUUGCGCGUGCAGGCGUGCCGUGUCGGAACAGCGGCUGUGUCACUUGCCCAUGUUGGUCCGUGUGCAAAUGGAAGCGUUAUCCGCGAAUCCUGUCCAGUCGAUUGCAACAGCGCCCCACAAGACGGUCCCGUUUGUGCAUCGGACGGUAACGUGUACAACUCCACCUGCCAGAUGAAGCUGAUUACCUGUGGUCAGGGUGUGGUCCGAACAAGCCGCAAGCACUGCCAAAGUACCCGGAACUGUCGUGAGUCCUGCUGGAGAGUGGCCCGACCGACCUGCGGCUCUGAUGGACGAUUGUACGCGAGUGCCUGUAAAAUGCGCGCAUCCAACUGUGGUAAGCACGUGUUCGAGGUACCCAUCUCGUACUGCAUGUCACAAGAGCGCGCCGGAGGUAGCUCGCAUAGUGCCACCAACAAAAUCGAGGACUGCCCGACCGAGUGCCCGAAGGAUGCGCAACAGAUGAUCUGCGGUAGCGACGGUAACAUCUACACCUCCACGUGCGAGCUGAAGAUGCUGAACUGUGGCCAAAAGAAGAAGAUUCAGGCGCUCUCGCUGGACCGUUGUAAGCAGAAGAUGAACCGCUGCAAGUCCUUGCCGGUGUGCAAGCAACACUCGAAGAACGGAGCCAGCUAUUUUGGUGAUCAGAAGGACACACUGUGUGGAACAGACUCAAAGACGUACAACAACGAGUGUGAACUAGCCCGGGCAACUUGUCUCCGAGGUGUACAGCUGGCACACAUUGGACCCUGCACGCAACUCAAAUCGAAGGUGGACGUCGGUGACUGCAGCAGCUGCACGUACGAUGAGGAACAGCACGGGCCAAUCUGCGGCUCUGACGGCAACACGUACAAAUCCCGAUGCGAGAUGAAGCAGAAAACGUGCGGCCUACGCGUGGUGCCAGUGUCCUUGAAGAACUGCGCCACGACCGCGUUGUGCGAGGCAAACUGUGAACAGCAACCGACCAACUACGUGUGCGGCUCGGACAACAAGCUCUACCCGAACGAGUGCCACAUGCGACGAGAGAACUGCGGCCGUCAUAUGUUCCUGGUGCCGAUGAAGCGCUGUCUGGCCGCGUUCACGUUCAAGGGCUGCUCCAAGAUCUGCCCACAGGAGUUCGAACCGGUGUGUGGUACUGACGGCAAGACCUACUCCAACGAGUGCUUCCUGAGCAUCGAGAACUGUCGAUCGCGAGCGAUGGUGCAGAAGAAGCACGUUGGUCCGUGUGGACGACCCGAGGAACCGUCGCACAACUAUCUCUACUAAGGCACUGGGCUGAUGUACGGAGCCCCUUCUUCUUCUUCCCUCCGUCCCCUCGGGACCCUUCCUUACCCAACUGUCACUGCCAAUCUUUCCCACCU